AUGCCAUCCCCGCUGUAUGUUGAUGGCCGUGCCGCUCUCAUGUCACCCGUCGCUAUUCGCACGUAUCGCCAAUCGGGACUUCUCGUCGCCCGCCGUCUCAUCGCGCCGCAUCUCACGGCUGCACUCACCGCCGCGUGUCGCACCGCCGCUGCCGCCCGCGGCCCGCGCGUGUUUCCCGGCAUCGACGACGAACACAACGGCCGCGUGGAGUUCAACGCACAAAUGACGCCGAAGCCAACGGCGAAUCUCGCAGCGCAGACACCACCACCACACAUACAGGAACAGUUGCGGCGUCAGGAUGAGGCGCAGACCCUCGAGCGACGCUACCGGAAGGUGAUGUUGAAGUGCAAAAAUAUGCGAGAGGUGGAUCGGGUGUAUGCAAAGCUCGCAGCACAGAGAGAACAGUAUAUGAAAUUCAAGGAUGUGAAGAAUUUUGCAACAGAGGAGGAGGAACGUAGAGGGCGUAUGAGUGAUCAUCGCAUACGUGAGAUAGGUGACAAGUAUAAGUACGAUGAUGUGAAGAAGAGCUUUGAGGCAUACAGAGAUAGUGGAAAGAUGGAACUUGAGGUUCGUCGUGACUACCACCUGGAUCGUGCCCUGGAGCACUUGCAGAACUGGUCCAAGUGCUGGUGUCGUGUUUGGCCAGAGUCAACACCUUUGCAGAAGUUGUUACUCCAACAACAAGAAGAAGGAGAACUACAGAAAACAGAAUUUGGUGAGUUGGGUAGAGUAAUUGGUGAGGCGGCGGCGGCACUAUCAGGGGGUAUAGUUAUUCGUCUAUUUGACGAUGCCGUACAUGAUGCCCAUAAUUUUCUCAACUGCACUCCGUUUCAUUUUGUAGGGAACUCAACAAACUUUAGAAGUCUCACUAGUCUAACAGUGUUGAUAGGACUCGAAUGUGAAAAAACGGCUGUAGCAGGAGUACCACAAACCCUCGUUAUCCCUGGAUCUCAUCAUGUGAUGCAAGAGUUCACACAAGACGGUAAAGAUUUUAGUCGUUUUCGAGCAGGUGGUGUAUUUGACAUGGGAAGAGCUAUUCGUCAAAUUGAAGGACUGCGUGAGUUACCUGUAGUACAACUGGAACCACUUGAGCCUGGUAGUGUGCUAUUCAUCAAUCAUUACACACUAAGUGCACUGCAGCCAACAAUGUGUGGAUCUGCUGCACCGUACGUACCACCAUCUGUCCGUGCCGUUAAUGGGCCGUAUCAAUAUGCGAUGACACUCAUGCCACAUCGUUGUGUAUUUGAUGGUCUGAGGAACUCGUGGUCAUCGCGGGAUACACACGGUCCACUGCAUGCGUGUAAGGCCGGUGAUCCACUCACCAACGAUACUCUCUUCCCGGUAUUACAUCGGGCUCUCGAUGUGGAGUAA